GGGUGCCGCUGAUCCCGCGCAAGCUGAUGACGUCAUCCAACCCGGUGGUGGAAGUGGCCAAGGAGGGUGACGUAUGGGUGAUACGGAUGUCGACGCUCAUCCGCACCAUCGAGUACAAAUUCACUCCCGGGGAACCCAUCCAGACAGAGACCAUGGGAGGAAUGGCACAGAAUGUAUUCACAAUCGACGGCAACGUCAUCAAACAAACGCAGAAGUCAGACACUUACACGACCGAGGUCCUCAGGGAGUUCUCAGACGAAAGCCUCGUCAUGACCAUCAAGCACGUGGAAUCUGGAAUAACCUGUCAUCGAAACUUCAAAAGAGUUUGAGGUAAUUCCCGUCCCAACCUAGUCUUUCCACCUACUCGUUGAGCUGCACGGGGACUUGGAAGGGCGUAAGAAUGACUUCAAAUAAUAGGCCUAUGUCGGAAACACUUCGGUGACAUUCGUGUCUUAUUGUAACACACUGCUGAUGGCGUUAGACUUAUAGGAUAUCCUUUCAGUUUCGCAUUUCUUUUCCAGUUUCCAGCGUGAGGUGCCUACACCUUUUACCAUGCAGGAGUAAUAGCCCAAAACUAUUGUUCUCGAACUAUUACCAUACCAAGUAUGGGUGGGAAUUAUGAAAAUGAAAUUAAAUGAAAUUGAACAUAAAAAAAGAUGAAAUCUAGCAAGUAGUUUGUCCAUUCUCAUCACGUGCAGUGUUUUGACAAAACCUUUGGGCCAACCGAUUUGAAAUUAUUCUAUAAUAUAAAGUACCUAUACAAUGUCCUUCGUACUUUUCCAAUUACAGGCCUUUUUUUAUAUAGUUACAUGCCAAUUUUAUAUUCCUAUAUGGUUAUACCUAGUACUAGUGAAUUUUCAUUAGUGUAUUCUUAUAAGAAUUCUUGUUAUAUCUAUAAGAUUAUUUGUACUAUAUGAAUGUAAGGAAUUACUGAGCGAUGCUUAGGUACUGUGUGUGGCUGGUUAUGACAUUACCAGCAUUCAUGACAGGAAUGUUUAUAGUCUUAUAAACCUGAUUUUUGUUACGUAAAGAAAACUUCGCUCUCUUAGUAAACGUGUCUAACUGA